CGUUUACCUAAUUCUUAGUAUAACUGCAUUUGGAAAUACAGAAGAUGUAUUUCAACCAAGUCAAGAAAUAAAUAGCAAUGCAAUAAUACGUCAACUUUUCGAGAUGCUAAAAUAUUCCAUUAAGAAUGGUUAUAUUGAGAAUGAUAUUCCAAUAUAUUUAGAUCCAUUUGAAUUUGACAACAAAGAGUUUCAAAUUUCUUUACCAAAUAAAAUACUGAGCUUAAAUGCUGGGUUUAGGAAUGGCGUGCUUACUGGAUUAGGAAACUUUGACGUACAAAACACAGAAUUCAUAAAAGAAGAAAUUUCUGUCGAAUUAUCUAUAAUUUUUCCACUUAUCACCUUCCAAGCAGAUUACUACAAAAUGAAGGGAGCUAUUUACGAGAUAAUACCAAUAGCCGGAAAAGGAAUAUUUGAGUUUCAAAUCCACAAUCUAACACUAUCUGGAAAGGUCUACUUGAAACAGUCGCAUAACGAGAAGUCUAUAUUAAUUAACAAAAUUCUUAAUUCUCAAUUCAACAUACAACAAAUUGUCUCUCAUGUGGAUUUCGACAAUAAUAUAGAUGAUAUAGCAAACGCCAUUAUAGCGGAUCAUUUAGCGAGCAAUAUUAAUCGCCUCAAUCAGUUCCUCAUUAAGACAUACGGUGAAAUUUUCAUUAGUUUCUUUAAUAAUUUUCUCAAUAACUUUGACUCGUGGCAAAUUUUGGCAACUCUACUUUAG